AUUGUGACCACUAUACUGUUAUAAAUAUCAAUUUCUACAAGCACGCCAUCUUCGAUAAGAGUCUUAUUUCCGUAUGAGGACAGCGUCGAAAUGAACUUUGGACUGGUCAUUUUGUUGGCGACAUUUACUGUUUCACAUGCCUUUUUCUUUGACAGUCUUUUUGGCACUUCGGCGCCAAAACCAACCGUGAAAACAACUAAAGGUGCCACCUCUGCUCAAGGGACCAAAGCAGUGGUGCUGGACUAUUUUGCCCAUAAGCUAUGUCCAAAACACCUUCAACGGAACAGGUACCUGAUGUACUAUAGUUACGUCAAAAGAUGCUAUACCUUCGUCAUCACCGACCGAGCUGACUGGUUCACAGCCAAAGCAGACUGUGCCAGCAAUGGCGGCAACCUGAUGAACAUCCACCAAUCGCUGGAGAACUUCUACCUGGGUAUGAGAGACCAGAUAGCCCUGGGUCAUGCAGAUGCGUACAUCUGGGUCGGGCUCUCUGACACCGUUACUCCGGGCAACUUCUCUUGGAUUAAUGGACCACUGAAGACUUACAAACACUGGCACACUGGACAGCCCAAGAUGGGGACCCUGGGAGAUAACUGUGUGGCCUACAGUCACGACACGCAGGACUGGAGCACCUUCCCAUGUAACACUACCAAGCUGGGAUGGGUGUGUGAGUUCGAACUAAAUGCUACUAUUCCUGAAACUACCUCCAACUCUGUGUCAUCUACAACACAAAGUAUAUCCACUGAACCAACAACUGAAAGUUCAACACCUGAACCUACAACCCUAGAACCUACAACUCAAGAACUUACAACUCCUGACCCUACAACCCCAGAACCUACAACUCCUGAGCCUACAACUCCAGAACCUACAACUCCUGAACCUACUACACCAGAACCUACAACUCCUGAACCUACAACUCCAGAACCUACAACACCGGAACCCACUCCAGAACCUACAACACCGGCACCCACUCCAGAACCUACAGAACCGGAACCAAUUCCAGAAAUCACUACAAAACAUCACAUGGCAUCCAAACAUACACCAAAACAUACAACAACUGAAAAGACAACGGAAGCCAAAACAACUACAAUGCCAACAACAACAACUACUGAGGAAGAAACGGGGAUUAUUAUAAUUGGAAAACGGUCUUAAUUUUUUGAAUGAUUUUAAGAAAUACAUUUAUUAAAUAUCUGAAUUGAG